AUGAAUAACGAAAAAUACUUUCCAUAUCUCCAAGGUGAACUGCCAUCAACAUUUUCAAAUCUUCAACACCUCACUUACUUGGAUAUAUCAUAUAACAAAUUAGAGGGACCUCUGCAAUCAACAUUUUCAAAUCUUCAACACCUCACUUACUUGGAUAUAUCAUAUAACAAAUUAGAGGGACCUCUGCAAUCAACAUUUUCAAAUCUUCAACACCUCACUUACUUGGAUAUAUCAUAUAACAAAUUAGAGGGACCUCUGCAAUCAACAUUUUCAAAUCUUCAACACCUCACUUACUUGGAUAUAUCAUAUAACAAAUUAGAGGGACCUCUGCCCAACAAAAUAACCGGGUUUUCAAAUCUAACUGAGUUUAGGUUGACUGACAACUUGCUAAAUGGUACAAUUCCUUCUUGGUGUUUCUCUUUGCCAUCGUUGGAGUAUUUACAUCUAUCGAGAAAUCAGUUCACGGGGCGUAUACCUGCAAUCUCGUCGUAUUCCUUGCGGGAGCUGUUUUUGGAUGGCAACAAGCUACAAGGCAAUAUUUCAGGAUCAGUUUUUAACCUUGUCAACCUUACUUACUUACAGCUGUCCUCGAACAACUUCAGUGGUUCUGUCAAUUUUUCACUCUUCUCCAAGUUCCAAAAUCUAGAAUUUCUUUGCCUUUCAAAUUCAGGUCAAUUAUCAUUAAACUUUGAAUCAAGCUUCAAUUAUAGUUUCUCCCGCUUACUGGAGUUGGACUUGUCUUCUAUGGGUUUAACAGAAUUUCCAAAAUUAUCAAGAAAAAUCCCAGUUUUGGAAAGUCUGCUAUUGUCCGACAACAAGUUGAAUGGAAAAGUGCCCAAUUGGUUGCAUGAAAUGGACUCUUUACUUUAUGUAGCCCUAGACCGAAACUUUUUGACAACACCAGUGGACCAAUUCUCUAGGAACUACCAACUCAGCCAUCUUGAUGUAAGUUUCAAUUUACUCACUGGUGGUAUCUCUUCGUCAAUUUGUAAUGCAAGUUUCCUUGUGAAUCUCGAUUUUUCCAACAACAAGUUGACAGACACCAUUCCACAAUGCCUUGUGAGUUUACCCUUCCUUCACGUUUUGAGUCUAGACAGUAACAGACUUAAUGGAACUUUACCAAAUACCUUUGCAAAGAACAGACUCAUUAGUCUGCAACUCAAUGACAACCGAUUUGAAGGUCNUUUGCCAGAAUCUUUGUCCAACUGCAUGGAACUUGAGGUUUUAAAUCUUGGCAACAAUCAACUGGAAGAUACAUUUCCCCAUUGGCUUCAAACUCUACCAAAUUUGGUAGUAUUGGUUUUGCGGGAUAACAAGUUGCACGGUCCUAUUUCCAAAUUCAACACCAAGUAUGGAAUUCUCAGUUUAAAUAUUUUUGAUAUCUCAUGCAACAACUUCAGCGGCCCAAUUGGAGAAGACUUCAUACAAAGUUUUGAAUCCAUGAAGAAUGUUGUUCAAGAUGAGGUAGUUGGCAAUCCACAGCUAUACGUGGAAUGGGAACCUAUCACUCUAACAACAAAAGGCAUGAUUUUGCUAUUCGAAAGAAUUCCAAUAAACUUUGUGAGCAUUGAUUUAUCAGGAAACAAAUUUGAAGGACAGAUUCCAAAUGUAAUUGGAGAGCUUCAAGCACUCAGAGGACUCAACCUCUCCCACAACAGACUCUGUGGUACUAUUCCCAAAUCCAUGGGAAAUUUGACAGUAUUGGAGUCUUUGGAUCUCUCUUCAAAUAUGCUCACUGGAACCAUCUNAGUAGUGUGGAUGCANAAGUGA